UUGUCGCACAGCAACUUCUUCGGCUUUGCUCUGUGCGGACCCCAUAUCGUGAAGUCAUAGGAUUUUGUAAGGGUAACCUCCCAGUGCAGUGUGCAUAUUAAGUAUUUUUGUGAAGACGCAGAUUUAUAGGAGUGUAUUUUUUAGAAUAUUUACUUUGUGCAACUACGGACCAAUGACGAGGGUGUGCUAUGCCAACAUGUCAUAUUCAUGAGAUCACGGGUCAUUUUAAUCUCUCACUCGGAAUAUAGACGAUGCAGGCGUCUAUGUUGGAGACUGGCACUGAGAACAUUACUUCAGGGGCCAUAUUAUCUUCCAACAAUCAUGGAUUGGUGGUUCCGUAAAAAUACAUGUAUCAAAGUUCUCGUUUCUAAGGAUCUUAAGAAUUCAAAGCACAAAAAAACUGUCCUUGAUUCUGUUGGUAAAAAACUGGGAAUCGAUCAUGAGGAAGGUGGGGAAUAUAAGGAAGAUGAUAUGACAUUUAUUGAAUAUACCUUUAAUGAUAAUAAGACGAACAGAGGCCUGAUUGUAAUUUUAAGUAGAGCCGAGAGAGCGAAAAGCCACGAAUAUUUAGACAAGCAUAUAGAUCACAUUCGAAAAGUGAUUGGGUUCGAGAAUGCCAUAGCGGUGUUCGCACCUGAUGAAAAUGAAGUACUCGAUUUCGGCGGUGCAAUGUGUUGGGUUUCGUCCACUAAGAUGGGGAGUUUUCUGUUUGAUUUACUGCCAGUUAAGAAAGAGGACCGACAGCAGGAUAGCAAGGGAGGCGGGAAAGAAACGAUGGAGAAAUGGCCCUUACUGGACAAUUGCAAUGUCAAAGUAUACCUGACAGGACUUAAUGAGACUACCCUGCGUGAAGUGAAGAAGGAAUUGUCAACCUUCGUCGCAGGACGGUGUCUACACCAGAUCCACGUAUCUAAACGUUCAGAAACAGACGAAAAGCUGAGCGUGCUUGAUGACAAUUCCGUUGUCAUCUGCUGUGUCCAUGACAGAGGGCGUAUAAUCAUCAUAUCCGACACCGAGCCAGAUGAAGCUGGCGACAUCGUGAAGAAGGCAGAAGAAGCGUGUGGAAAGCAACGUGUCAUGGUGUUACUGUGUGGCCAUAAUGACCUGUCGGACGAAAACCAAAGCCUGUACGAUAAAAACAAAUUCAAUGACAAUUUCUUGAAGAACCAGCCGCACCUAGAGAAAAAGGUAAAGAAAUGUAACUUUCUGAGCAUGAAUUGGACUUUAAGUAGAUAUCAAAAGGACCACGUAAGCAAAUGGAUUCAGGAAGUCAAGUCCACGCCUUCGCCAGAGGAAGGGGAAAAUGAGUGGCCUGGCGAAACGGCCAUGGCUACUGACGGGGGCAUGAUGGAACAAGUCCCUGCCAAGACCACGUCGUCGAAAGACGAGGGGGAAUAUAUUGUUGAUAAUAAGGACAUGAUGCAAUUCUAGCCAUCUAAUUCUAGUGAUCCUCUAACAAGUAUGAAAUAACCCCCUUCUUUGAAAUGUUUCUAACAUAGGAAUGUAGAUGUACAACGUUCUGCGUGAUAUAUCAAAGUUUACAUCUUUGUUUGGACACAAUUAAUUGUUAACAAGAACAGGGCUCUAUUUAGUUUCCGACCAAUGUAAAUUUUGAGAUCAACUAAAUUUUACGUUGUGUUGUUGUACCUACAUGUAUAUCUUGUUUUAAUCGACUUCUAUCGGGCCCUAUGCUAGCCCUUUGUAUUGCUCGAGGUAUUAGGCAAGGUGAGGUAACUUAACGACAGAAACAUCAAGGGCGGAAAAAGGUCUUUACAUUUGGAAUAUUUCUUUUAUGAAUACCUAGUAUUUAAUUCAAUUUAAAUGAAAAUUACAACAAUAUUAGUGGCCAGAACUCAAGGGGCAGAACUGA